UCAGCCAAGAAUCGGGUGUUCCAGGAGUUCCAAGACCUUCUUAUCUCACGCCUCUCCGGUCGAACAUAUGCUGUUCUUCCCUUCCUUCUCUCCAACUUUUCUUGGCUUUUCUCUCCGUCUCCGUCUCCGUCUCCGUCUCCGUGUCCCCAUCGAUCGAUAAGGGCAAUUCCGGAUCUAACGUCUCUCUUCGACUUGGGGCGAUGUCUACGCCCGCGGAAUUCUAUAAUUCUCUUCCACCAAUCAGCAAGGCAUAUGGGACGCUGUGUUUGCUGACCACAGCGGCAUAUCAGUUAGGAAUACUUUCUCCUGAAAGUAUUGCACUAUUCUAUCCUUUUGUAGUUUCACGUUUUCAGGUGUGGAGGUUGCUCACAAACUUUUUCUUCCUUGGUAAAUUUUCAAUCAACUUUGGAAUUCGUCUUCUCAUGAUAGCAAGAUAUGGAGUACAGUUGGAGAGAGGUCCUUUCGAUAAGCGUACUGCAGACUUUUUAUGGAUGAUGAUGUUUGGAGCAUUCUCAUUGUUGGCUUUGUCUGCCAUCCCUCCUUUGUGGUCCCCUUUCUUAGGGAUUUCACUGGUCUUUAUGCUUCUCUAUGUUUGGAGUAGAGAGUUUCCAGAUGCCCAGAUCAACAUAUAUGGCCUCGUUACGCUAAAGGCAUUUUAUCUACCAUGGGUGAUGCUUUCUCUGGAUGUUAUCUUUGGUUCACCACUUAUGCCUGACUUACUGGGAAUUGUCGCUGGGCAUCUGUACUACUUCCUAACGGUGUUGCAUCCUCUUGCUGGUGGAAAAAAUAUUCUGAAGACUCCUAAUUGGGUACACAGAGUAGUUGCUCGGUGGGCAAUACGAUCUCCAGCCUUUUCCUCCGCGAGGCCUAAUGAUACGACUGCUGGCGUGGCCUUCCGGGGGCGAAGCUAUAGGUUAAAUAGAUGACCGGGUCAUCCUAGGUGUGCACGAGUUAUGUUAUGCUUGAUGUAGCCUGUUCUGGAACGUCCUUUUAGGUUCAAGUUGUAAGUGAAAGGAAAAAAAAUUCUGCAGUUCAGUGAGCAAUUGAAAAUUUUCUUGCAGCUCAAGCAAAUUAGGAAGCGAGGAAAAAGUGUUGUUUUUACAGAAAUGUUAUGGAUCGAGAUAUUUUUAUGAUCCCUGACCAUAGCUGAGUCAAAUUAAUUCGAUCUCCUGGCAUCUGCAUCUUUAUCUUA